AUGGCCUUGAACAAUUCAUCGAAUGUCCUCGCUCUACUUACUCCUGAAAAUAAGGCCUCCUUCGCAUCCUUUGCCCAAUUAUGUGCGGAGAGCGAUAAUUUGGUCCGGCUAGAGGGCCUUGAAAAUCAAGACCUACGCGAUGGAUUAUCGGAUCCGCCAACUCUCUUACGAUUUCUUACUGCCCGUCAAUUCGAUCCGGCUGCGGCGCUCAAGCAAUUCCAGGAAGCAUGUCAGUUCCGCUACGACAAGCACAUCCUUAGACUCUAUGAUUUAGUCGAGAUUGCGGAUUAUGAGCAAUCGCGACAAUUUUACCCCCAUUGGACAGGUCGUAGAGACAAGGAAGGGCUACCUAUCUGCAUGUUUGAUAUUGCUCAUUUUGACAAAGAAAACUUGGCAUGCUGGGACAAGACACGCAAAACCGCCAGCUGGGCCUAUUCACAAUCUGGAAAAGCUCAAGCCCCAAAGGCCGACAUGUGGCAACUGGCAUCUGUGUUACAGGACACUUUGAUCCGUUUCAUUUUCCCCCUUUGCUCGGUGAUGCAGGAUAGGCCGAGGCCAUUGGUCCCCAUUACGAGCUGCAUAGGUAUUGUGGAUGGAUCUAGCCUUGGGUUAAAGCUGGGUUGGAGUUUAAGAUUUUUUGCUCAAGAAAUCAGUUGGCUUUUAUCAACAUGCUACCCAGAGACUAUUACACGUAUCUUUGUAUGCAAUGCGCCUCCUUAUUUCUCCACAAUCUGGAAAUACUUGAAACCAUGGGUCGACCCUCGCACGGCAGAAAAGGUGGUAAUUCUUAUGAGCGCGGACGUUUUGCCUACCCUCAGAGAGUAUAUUGAUGAUGUUAACAUCCCAACUGCUUUUGGCGGUAGCCUCCUUUUCAAGCACGGAAUGCGUCCACUUCUGGACGAGCAUGUUUGCGACCAUUUCAACUGGGACCUGCCGGAACGAUCUCUGCCUCCUGGUCCUAUCAAAUGGAUUAAAGAUGCUGAUGGUAACAUGGCAGCAUUGGCCGUUGGCGGCGAGAAAGGGUUUCAAAGGAGCGAAUUGAUUGCGACACGGAGUCGCGUUGACAAUUAG